CAAAUAUAAAUCAAAUUUGCUCUUACUUAUUUAUAUUCUAUAGUGUAUUGCUUGGAGAAUAUUUGAAAUAUCAUGAACUUCAAUGAGUCCUAUGAAAAGCCUUCGACGACGUGGCAAGAUGCGGUAAAUUCUUUCCUCUCAAGCCUGGGUCCAACUGAGCGAGUUGCUUUUCAAACACCUGCAAGUCCGGAUGAUUGCAUAGCUAUUCUAUUGGCGACACAACGUCGGAAAACUAAGUUGGCACGGAUUCUUGAUCUAAUGAGACCAGUGAUCGACCCUCUGAAAAGAUUUGAGGGCGCCAUCGAUGUCAUCGUUCAGGUUAAUGCGGGGAUUGCCUCCCCGAUAUGGGGGCCUCUCAGGAUCGUCAUUACGUUAUCCGCAGAUCACUUUCGCACUCUGGAGAGCAUAGCUAUGAUUAUCCAUAGAGUCAUAAGCUCAUUGCAGAGAUUCUCCAAGUACGAAGAGCUAUUCGAAAAUAACCAACUCGUCCAAGACGCGAUAGGAACUCUCUACUGUGAUUACUUAGACUUCUGUGUUCGAGUGACUAAAUUUUACUCAACUUCGCCGUUUCGAGCAUUCUUCUCCUCUUUCGAUAAAGACUUUCAAGAUGUCUCCGAGAACAUCCAGCUCCAUAGUCAAAAUGUGGACUGGGCGGCACACGCCGCGUAUAUCGAAGAGACUCAACGAGAGGCAGAGAAGGCAAAGGCGGAAAGACGAGCACACGAAAGGAGCAACAUCCUAAGAUGGCUAUCUCCGUCAAACGUUGACGAUGACCUUGAGAUACAUAUGAGGGAUUACUUGCUCCAUUCAUGUGAUGACAUAUUGAUUUCCGAACAAUUUCAAUCACUCAUUUCUUCGGAUGAUACAGGGCAAUCUCACAUCCUCUCACUACAAGGUCUACCAGGAAGCGGGAAGACUACAACUGCAGCCUUCAUUGUAGGCCACCUGAAGACUAAGGGCUUCGACGUCCUAUACUUUUUCUUCAAGGCGAACGAUGUAGAGAAAUGCUCCCUACUGCACUGUACUCGGACACUUUUAUCUCAACUAAUCCGACUUGAAGAACAUCUCUACGAUUUCGUCGAGCCCUUCUAUCAAGAGAGCGGUCGAGUAGUAGCUGAUUCGCUAACAGUAGUUCUGCGAGCUCUAUCAACCGCACUCAACCACUCCAAGUCUAACCGAAUAUUCGUUAUCCUCGAUGCUCUUGAUGAGUCGUCGAACAGCAACGAGAUCUCGCAAUGGAUUACUAGCUUAAGCCAUAAUCGUGGAAGACAAGUUCGAAUACUAAAUACGUGCCGCCCUUCACCAUCUCCGCCGCAGUCAUCUACAUCCUGGUCACUUUUCAGAAUAGGAAACCUUGAGACUGAAAGUAUCAAAACAUACAUCCACGCACGAGUUCAGAAAAACCCAGUGAUACGCGACACGGCCAUUGGGAGACAAGUAUCAAAUCACGUCGCUUCAGCUGCGCAAGGUCUUUGGCUCUACGCUCGGCUCAUGAUGGACGACAUCGACCGACUCCCCUCAAUCGGACAAAUCCAAAAGCAACUCACAAUCUUACCGAAAGGCUUCACCGAACUCUACACGCAGAUAAUACGGACGACCGAAGCCAACUACAACCCCAUCGAACUAAAACUAGCCCAACAACUCCACCUCUGGAUCGAUACCUCAGACUACGUCCCGAAUUUCCUAGUCCUAGAUGACGACCGACUAACGUAUGAAAUGCUCGAACUGAUAUUCCAAUACGCGAACUCCGGCGAAGCAGUACACGACCCCGGCGCCGUAGCCCACCGCGUCUCGGGGCCGCUCAUCUCCGUUACCAGCUCAACCACUGCAUCCACCCCCACAUCCCCAGACACACAAUCCUACGAACUCGACUUCAUCCACCAGACCGCAGCGCAGUACCUACGCUCGAGCCACACGCUCCCUCCCUCGCAACUCCCAGUAACCCUGCGCCCACGACGUCUACGGCACCUCCACCGCGCCGCAGUCGCAGUCUGGUAUUUCGCAGAGUGCGCGCAGUCCGCAGAAAUGCUAGCCUACCUCCGCCAAAGCGGCGGACGUCCCACCCGGUCUAUAAUCACCUACUUCGAGAUGGCGUACGGGCUAUGGAGUGCGCUACACCUCUCCACAUUCCCGACCAUCGACGACGCCGUCGAGGCAAGCGAAGCCGAAGCCCUGCUUCACACACUCACAGAGUUCAUAUCUACGCCGAAGUGUCUGCGCUGGGUCGAAUGCGCCAUCAUCAUUAAUUACCGGGGCCGGUUCCCGCAUCUGCUGUAUAACGCGGUGGAUGGCUGGGAGGCGGCGCGCAGGGUUGAGGGACAUGGGUUUGCGCCGUGGUUGGCUUUCUCGGAGGCGAGGGUGCGGUUUUUUAGGAACUAUGCGCUGGUGUUGGCGACGACGGGGGUGGGGAGGGAGUCUACGCCCCGGGAGAUCUUGGAGACGAGGCUGGAGGAGGUGAUGGGUGAUGAGCUGGCGCAUGCGAUUUGUUACUUGGGGUUGCGGUGGAGGAAGUUGGCGUUUCCUGGCGCUGGGGAGGUAGAUUUAGGGCUUGGCUAAAAAGCGUGAUGCUAUUUCUUAUGCUACAUGUAUAUAAAUUCUAGGGGAUAUUGAUGAAGUAGUGUCUAGAUAUCCCCCCACCCUUUUCCCUCUAAAUCCACAGAUGAGAUUUAAGGUAGAGUGAUUUUCUCUAGGAGUAUUUGGGUUACUUGGAUACCUUGUUAGAGGAGAUGAAAGAACUCGCUACAAUAUGUCAUUGUGCCGGUAUGAAUAGGGAGACAAGAGGCUUCUAUACUUAGCUCAGGGUUCAAAGACG